AUGGGGGCUCGCCGGCGCCUGGCGCUCCUGGCGCUCGCCGUGGCCCUCGCCGCGGCGGCGGCCACCACGGGCCACGCCGGCGUGACCAGCGCGUACCGGCGCAAGCUGGAGGCCACCGCCGACAUGCCGUUCGACGCCGACGUCUUCCGCGUGCCGCCGGGCUACAAUGCCCCCCAGCAGGUGCACAUCACGCUGGGCGACCAGACGGGCACGGCGAUGACGGUGUCGUGGGUGACGGCGAGCGAGCUGGGCAACGGCACGGUGAGGUACGGCCCGUCGCCGGACAAGAUGGAGAUGUCGGCGCAAGGCACGCACACGCGCUACGACUACUUCAACUACACCUCCGGCUUCAUCCACCACUGCGUCCUCAGGAACCUCAAGCAUGGCGUGAAGUACUACUACGCGAUGGGGUUCGGCCACACGGUGCGGACCUUCUCCUUCACCGCCCCUCCCAAGCCCGGCCCCGACGUGCCCUUCAAGUUCGGACUCAUCGGUGACCUGGGGCAGACGUUCGACUCCAACAGCACGCUGUCGCACUACGAGGCCAACGGCGGCGACGCGGUGCUCUUCGUGGGCGACCUCUCGUACGCGGACGCGUACCCGCUGCACGACAACCGGCGCUGGGACAGCUGGGCGCGCUUCGUGGAGCGCAGCGUGGCGUACCAGCCCUGGAUCUGGACCGCCGGCAACCACGAGCUGGACUACGCGCCGGAGAUCGGCGAGACGGUGCCCUUCAAGCCCUUCACCCACCGCUACCGCACGCCGUACCGCGCCGCCGCCAGCACGGAGCCCCUCUGGUACUCGGUCAAGAUCGCCUCCGCCCACAUCAUCGUGCUCUCCUCCUACUCCUCCUACGGCAAGUACACGCCGCAGUGGACGUGGCUGUCCGACGAGCUGGCCCGCGUCGACCGCAAGGCCACGCCGUGGCUCAUCCUGCUCAUGCACUCGCCAUGGUACAACAGCAACAACUACCACUACAUGGAGGGGGAGACGAUGCGGGUGCAGUUCGAGAGCUGGCUCGUCGCCGCCAAGGUCGACCUCGUCCUCGCCGGCCACGUCCACUCCUACGAGCGCAGCCGCCGCUUCUCCAACGUCGCCUACAACAUCGUCAACGGCAAGGCCACGCCCGUGCGCGACAUGGACGCGCCCGUCUACGUCACCAUCGGCGACGGCGGCAACAUCGAGGGCAUCGCCAACAAAGCUUCACGGAGCCGCAGCCGUCCUACUCGGCGUUCAGGGAGGCGAGCUUCGGGCACGCCACGCUGGAGAUCAAGAACCGGACGCACGCCUACUACGCGUGGCACCGCAACCACGACGGCGCCAAGGCCACAGCCGACUCCGUCUGGCUCACCAACAGACACCACCUCCCCACCGACGACUCCAAGUGAUCAUCUCAUCUCCGAAGCAAUGUCGUGGGAGGGAGGGGAUCCGUUUUAG